GCCAAUAACGAUGAUUCGCUUUUAAGCAAGAGUAUAUAAUGAAUUCGUAUCUCGUGAUUUUCGCAGGUCAUCAUUCAGCAUAGCGCGAUCCUGAUUCAUCGGAUUCAACAAAAUUAUGGACCCAGCUCGUUUUCGAACAGCAAACGAUCUGCCAGAAUGCGCUGGUGAUGGAUAUCGAAGACAACAACGACGGAAUCGACGCAGCUCUGGCGCACCCUUACGAGCUGCGCCUGGCACGAUUUUCCCGGUUGCAAGAUACUGGAGACCCGCUGCUGUUCGAGGUGGUCAUAGAGGCUCUCUUUUGCACAACCGUACCAAUCCGGCUUCACGAGCGAAACCUUUUGUCAGAAGUGCGAACGCCUAUCUGAUUGGCAGAAACAUAAAUGUCUUCAACAGACAUAGGGGAACAGGGCUCGAGCGAAGGUUUUCGCAUGGACGAUUUGCGCGGGUUAAUUAUAGGAGGUCGACAAGGGGUGGCGCAUCGUCUAGACGCAACCAAAGGCCAGCUGAUACAAGGAAUACUUUGGUAUUUUGGCAAAAUGUAGCGCCAGUUGCUGGGGGCGAUAGUAACCAAGCGCAUGAGCCGCCAUUCAACGCAUUGCGAAGACGACCGAUAAGCCCACUAACACGUUUCGGUGUGGGAAUGACCCGAUUUCGAUUAGGCAAUGGCAUCGGCCCAUCGCGAACUGUUCAGUUCAAUCAAGAUCCGACACCCCUAUCGAAUGAGGAGGCGCUGCCAACCCGGGCGCAGUUCUAUGGCAAUGGUCCGGCCGGUGGAGAUGUAAGUUCUGACGACAAUCUUGACUGGACAAACUAACCUAGCCUGAAGCUAAUCAAAAAAGGAAAAAAAGUCUUGACUUUUCUUCUGUUUUCUAUAAAUUCACUAGUUUUUGC